AGUGGCACGAGGGCAGAUCCGCCCUUCCCGGCCCCAGGCGGAGCAUGUGAAAGCCCGUUGUCCGCAAAACUCGCCGAGACCUGGGUGCCAAGCCCGCUUUCUCGUUCAGACAUGACAUGCUCCGUCGGCGAAACCGACCGUACCUCUCAUUCAGGUAGCCCGUCGCCAAUAGCUCUUUUGAACUCACAACAUGCCCCGACAUCCGAUCGACCUCUCAGCGCAUCGCCAGACCAUCACAUGGUGGAUCACACAGGAGAAAUGGCAUAUGGAUCGCGUCAUGGCUGCUCUCGAGAGCGAGUAUGACAUCUCGCUCUCUGCAAAUACCCUCAAACGUAACUUGAAUGCCUGGGGCAUUACCAUUCGUCCACGUAUCAAAGUGACUGCUGAAUUGAGACAACGUAUAUACGACCUCUUCUACCAAGAGCGCUACUAUACCGAUCAACAGAUGGCCAAGAUCCUCAGGCGAGACGGCUUCACCAUCUCCUUCCGUAAACUGGCAAAACUCCGCAAGGAGAUGGGUUUGUCCAAAAGAAAGGAUACUAUCAUCACUGCAAAUCCUGUCGUCCCUGGUGAAGUGAUACGAGUAGAGGAAGACGAUGACACUUCUCAUGAUGAUGAUGAUGAUGAGGACGACGACGACGUAGGGGACGAUGGAGACAAUACGGAAGUGGGUCCGCUGGUCGCUCUAGAGAAUACCAUGAGACGACUCCGAGAGCCUCAUCAACCCGUCCCGCAACCGUCCGCUCAAGUCAGAGAGCCCGCUUGGAGGAAGAAGAAAUUGAGCGACUCAACCCAGCCCAUCCACCAAGCACCUAGAAUCCCCACAACCUACACCGAUAGCAGGUAUUCACCACCAGCACCAGCUGCUGUCCCUUCACCCUCACCUUCCCUCAAGCCUCUGCCUGAAUCUACAGACGCGAACAUUUACUAUGAGCCACCAGCGAAUGGUCAAGGUCUUGCUAGACGAGUCACUACCCUCGUCACACGCAUCGAGGCCAUAGAAACCGAGAAUAUUGGGCUAAAGCAGCAAGCGGAACAGCAACGAGUCGACAAUUUGGAGCUCCGACAACUGGUCCAGCAGCAGAGGAUUGAAAUGGAUAUGAUGAGAGGUUCACUGAACGAGCUCAUCGCCAGGUUUAACUCGGCCCAUUACUGAAUCUUGGCUUGUGCCGUCCUGUUUGUAGAGAUACCCCUUUGCUUCGGAUGUGAUCCGAGACAUCUCCUCAUCAAAUUCGAUCGCACAUAUUAUGCGUGCAUUGUGUCCAUCCCUCACAGUUUAACAUGCAGCAUAUACGUCCUCUCCGUGUGCGAC